GAAUCCGACACGUGACGGGUGGGAAAGCCCUCACUGAAUAGAAGAACUUUGUAAGGUCCGAAGAUGCCACCCGACCUGCCUUCCCUGCUCCUGCGGCUUGUGAUUCUGCUGCUGCUGUCCCAGGCAGAAGCUCGCUCCUUCGUAGUGGAUCGGCAACAUGACAGAUUCCUCCUGGACGGGGUCCCGUUCCGCUAUAUUUCUGGCAGCCUGCACUACUUUCGCGUACCGCGGGUUCUUUGGGCCGAUCGACUUCUCAAGAUGAAAUUGAGCGGCCUCAACGCUGUGCAAUUUUAUGUGCCCUGGAACUACCAUGAGCCAGAACCUGGGAUCUAUAACUUUAAUGGCAGCCGGGACCUCACUGCCUUUCUGAAUGAGGCAGCUAAAGCAAACCUGUUGGUCAUUCUGAGACCAGGACCUUACAUCUGUGCUGAGUGGGAGAUGGGAGGUCUCCCAUCUUGGUUGCUUCGAAACCGUGAUAUUCAUCUGAGAACCUCAGAUCCUGCCUUCCUUCAUGCUGUGGACUCCUGGUUCAAGGUUUUGCUGCCAAAGAUAUAUCCAUUUCUCUACCACAAUGGGGGCAACAUCAUUAGCAUUCAGGUGGAGAAUGAAUAUGGUAGCUACAAGGUCUGUGAUUUCAAGUAUAUGAGACACUUGGCUGGCCUCUUCCGUGCAUUACUAGGAGACGAGAUCUUGCUCUUCACCACAGAUGGGCCUCAAGGACUCAGAUGUGGUUCCCUUCAGGGACUCUAUGCCACUGUAGAUUUUGGCCCAGCUGACAACGUGACCAGAAUCUUUUCCCUGCUUCGGGAGUAUGAACCUCAUGGGCCAUUGGUGAACUCCGAGUAUUAUACAGGCUGGCUGGAUUACUGGGGCCAAAACCACUCCACACGGUCCACUCCAGCUGUAGCUAGAGGACUAGAAAGAAUACUCAAGUUGGGAGCCAGUGUGAACAUGUAUAUGUUUCAUGGAGGUACCAACUUUGGAUACUGGAAUGGUGCUGAUGACAAGGGGUACUUCCUUCCGAUUACUACCAGCUACGACUAUGAUGCACCCAUAUCUGAAGCAGGAGACCCCACACCUAAGCUUUUUGCAAUUCAAAAUGUCAUCAGCAAGGACCGUGGCUUUAUGCUGUACCGGACCUAUAUGACUUACACUGUUUCAGAACCAACACCAUUGUGGGUGCCAAAUAAUGGAAUUCAUGACCGUGCCUAUGUGAUGGUAGAUGGGGUAUUGAAGGGCAUUCUGGAACGGAGCUUGAAAGAAGAACUGUAUUUGACUGGGAAAGUAGGGACCAGGCUGGAUAUAUUGCUAGAGAAUAUGGGGAGGCUCAGUUUUGGGUCUAACCACAGUGACUUCAAGGGCCUGUUAGAACCACCACUUCUGGGGCAGACAGUCCUCACUGGGUGGAUGAUGUUCCCUCUCAAGGUGGAUAAGCUUGUAAAAUGGUGGAUCCCCUUGCAGCUGAUGAAAAGAGCCCAGCCUCAAGCUCCCUCUGUCCCUGCCUUCUAUUCUGCAAAGUUUCCGGCUUUAGGCUUACUUGGGGACACAUUUCUCUAUCUACCUGGAUGGACCAAGGGCCAAGUAUGGAUCAAUGGGUUUAACCUGGGUCGGUACUGGACAAUGCGGGGUCCACAACAGACCCUAUACGUGCCAAGACCUCUGCUGUUUGGUAGCUCAAUCAACAAAAUCACAUUGCUGGAACUAGAAGAUGUGCCUCAUGACCCCCAGAUCCAAUUUUUGGAUAAGCCUAUCCUCAAUAGCACUUUGCAUUGGGGGUAUAACUAUCUUCUCUCAGAACCACAAGGUUCCUAUGAACCAAUAGAGUUAAGUGGGCACUGAAAGAUGACCCUGGAGUCUGGGACACAGGGCAGGAUCCUUUGAUGACGGCCACAGUGACCAUAAAGAAUCAAAGGCUACAAUCCCUCUGAGUGUAAGUACAUACACAGUUUUCUUGCCAAACUUUAUUGUGAUUAAAAUUCCAAAGACAGUACUGGCCCCACACACCUUUGGGGCCCUGUCUUUGCCCCAGUUCCUGAGUGUCCUUCACUGCCCAUCUUCCAAAUAAUGUCAAGCUUCACAAGGAGGAAGAGAGCUCUAGGUCUGGAUGUGUCCUCUUGGGACCCAGAGUUGGCCCCAGGUGGCUAUAAGAAAUCAUGAUGACGGCCUCCCUGCCUGACUGCGAUGGUCUCGAAGGCAACGUGUGGAGCAGAAAGAGAAAUCGAGGUAGUGAAAGGGAAUGAGGCCUUGGAGGGACACACCACAACUCCAGCAGCGCCUGAACAGAAGGAAGAAAAAUGGCUGGACAGGUACCCACAAGCUUUCCCAUCUAAGCAUAGCCCAGCCCUUAAAGGUCCCAGGGAUCUCAAGUCCCCUUUGCAACCCUUCUGAACACCAUGAUGUUCAGAAGGCUCCUGUAACAACUCAUCCCCUGGCCCCCAUACCCAGCAUUGACAACUGCAGAGUCAGGAACUGGAGGGCUAGGGGCUCCCAACUGGGCAGCAAGUCGGCGCUCUGCAGCCAGAGCUCUCUGCAAAAAAAGAGAAGAUGUUACAGUCCAAAGUCCCAGCGAUGAACAGUACACUCAGGAAAUAAUGGUUCAGUCUCGGGAGGGAGGCAGGCUCCACCGAAGUCAGACAGCGUAAGACCCUACAGCCUCACCUUCUCUCGGUCACUGAGGGCAGCAAACCGCCUUCGCUCCUCUUGCUCCUGUUCUUCCUGUUCCCUCUGCUUCCGCUGCUGUUGCUCCCGCUGCCGUCGAGCUGCCUUCUGCUCCUUUUUCCUUGUAGCCUGCCGGGCCUCCAUUUCUUGAGUCAAUGGCCCUGGCACCUGGAAGAUUUCCCAAAGGUAUUAUAAAACUACAAGGAAGCAGAAUGGACCUAAUGAGGAUCUCUGAUGCCCUCCACUCUAGCUCCUUUUCCAGCUCACCCGAGCCUUGCUGUAAUCAUAAGCAUCAAGAUUCUUCUCCAUGAACCUCCGGAAUUCAUUACGCGUUGAUCUGUCAGCUGCUACAGUAUAAGGUGGCCGAGCCCUAGAGUCACUAAAGACAAAAACCCAAAACCAAGUUUAACUCCUGCUUUUCCUGGCACUGCACAAGGAAAGAGUAUCAAGUGCCAACAUGAGCCACCAUGUUAUGCUCUCUACACCUAAAUGGGGCCAAGGAGAUACUCACUGCACAGUGGGGUCAGCACCUGCCUCCAACAGCAAACGAACUACUAAGCCUCUUCCAGCUGCGGCUGCUGCAUGCAGGAGAGUAAAGCCACCAGAGCCCAAAGGGGCACUGAGUAGGGACAUAACUCCAGGGUCUACAGGCCCAGUGGCUAGCUGCAGCUUUAGCACCUCAACUUCCCCAGCACGACAAGCAGCUAGAAGCAUAUCCCAGAGCUCUGGUUGACCAGGGGCUUUGGCCUCAUCGACCAAAGUGUCCAAUGGGGUUGCAACCACUUGGGUUGGCUGUGAGAAUGGCUCAUCUUGAGGUUGCUGAAGAAGGGGCCCAUGUGCCCCACAUUGCUGCUUUUGACUUCUCUCCUUCUUUUUCCUCUUCUUCCUCCGCUUGGGCAAUACUUCAAAUUCACGAAGAUCCAGGGUCCCCAGUGUCAGCUCUACUAGCUCCAACUCUACUUCGGAGCCAUCUUCUUCCUGAGACUCGGAACCUAGAAAAGGAUAUGAUCUCAGAUCUGUCUAAGGAAUAGGGAGAGGGUAGAAAGAUGUGGGCUUCCUCAGAUGGGUUUACAUUUAUAAAAAGAUACUCCAGAUCAUCCUGAAA